CUCCAGGAAAGCGUCGCGACUGGAGUACCUGGUCUCUCCGCUGCGAUAACCUCAGCUCGCGGACACUGGACCUUUGUUGCCGGUGUUUCGAGCCUGGAGAGCCGGCAGCCUAUCACACCCAGUCACUUAUUUGGCGUCGGCAGCAUCACCAAAGUAUUCACGGCCGUGGUUAUUUUCCAGCUCAUAGAAGAGGGAAAGCUGCAAUUGUCGGACACGGUCAGCAAGCUUUUGGACUCAGACAUAUACCAUGACAUUGAUAACGCCCCCGAAGCCACCGUUGAACUGCUCUUGAGUCAUGAAACGGGCAUUGACAACUGGGAAGAUGACCCAACCUGGCUUAAGGCUGGACGUGGCAGCAAGUUGGAUCCAACGCACAAAUGGACUAAGGUCGAGCCUCUUGAUUACAUUCGCCGCCCAAGAUUGACCGCCCCUGAUCGUGGCAACUAUUACUACGCCAAUACCAACUACGAGCUUCUCGGCUUUAUGAUUGAAAAGAUUACGCAGAACACAGCAGAAGCCGAAAUCCGUCGACGAAUUCUUGAACCACUUGGCAUGGACCAUACAUUUCUAGAAGGGUUUGAAGAGCAGAACCAGGGCACAAUGACAAACCGCUAUCACUUUGCCACAGAAAAAUAUCGUAAGCUCAUCGACUGCAGCUCAUCUAAUCUUUCCGUCGAGUGGACAGCCGGUGGCAUAGUUUCCACGCCGUCUGAUCUUGUCAAGUUCGCCACUGCCGUUCGAGAUGGAAAGCUGCUCAAUGAGGAAUCGCUUGCUACUAUGAAGAUGUGGCGACCAACUUCGAACGAAGCCUCCGAUAUGGGCCAUGGACUCUUCAGAAUGAGGGACUCUCAGGCUCAGGGCUGGCUAGGCCACUUUGGCGGCGUGUUGGGCUUCACGGGUGCUCUAUGGUGGAAGGAGGGGGGA